UAAGUGCCUUUGCUGUGACACGGUAAUGCACACAAUGAAGAGCUUCACCUUAAUAACAGCCUUACUUCUCUGCAGCCUCAGCUGGAUCUCUGACUCAGUUUCUGAGUCUCAGACUGUGGAGGUCCAGUCUGGUGAAGAAGUCACUCUGCUGUGCUCCAACAUUUCCAGAACUCCAACUCAGACAGACUGGUUCAGACUGAUCAACAGAACCAAACCCAGCUGUAUCUCCUCCAUGUUCCAGUCUGAUGGGAAUGCUUCAUUCUGUCACGGAUUUCAAAAUGGAAGAUUUGAAAUGAGCUCCAAUGUCUCCACUGUCUUUCUUAAAAUCAAAAAAGUGGAUUUAUCUGACUCUGGACUGUAUUUCUGUGGAUUUUACGUGAAGACACAUACAGUCAUUGCCAGUGCAACACAUUUAAAUGUUCCAGGUAAGAUUGUAGUCAAACAACAAGAAACCAAUAUGUCUCAGAUGAGUUUAUCCCCCUCUUUCUCUAAAAAAGGUAUUGGUGACUCUGAUGAUGAAGUGGAUUUUAAGACUAAAAAGGAGCUGGAUGGAAUUACAAACCUAAUGAGUGUGAUCCUGGUUGGUCUGACUGUUUUCCUCACUAUAGUCGUCAUUGUUCUGGCUGUUAAAAUCAGGAAACUUCAGACAGCUGAGAAUGAAGAACUGCAGCCAGAGGAAAACAAGAAUCUGGGCUCAGAUGACCUGAACUAUGCAGCUCUAAGUUUCCAGGCAAAACUGAACAAACCCCGCAGGCCUGCAUCUCAGAGAGAGCUGGAGCCAAAUGUUGUGUAUGCUGCCACCAGAUAGACUCAGAAAGCACCUGGAACUGCAGCUCUGAGUGGAAUUGAUGCUUUAUGAUAUUAAUCUACUGUUGUGCUUUUGUGUGUGCGUAUAGUGAGUGGAAUGAGUCACUGUCAAAAAAUAAAUUUGGAUUAUUUUCCCCUG